AUGGCUUCCCGGAGCCUGGCGGGCCUGAGCGGGGGCCUGAGCGGGAGCCGCGGCGGGGGCGGCGGCGGCGGCGGCGGCAGCAAGAAGAGCCUGAGCGCCCGCAAUGCUGCAGUGGAGAGGAGGAACCUGAUCACCGUGUGCAGAUUUUCUGUGAAGACCCUGAUUGAUCGGUCCUGCUUUGAGACAAUUGAUGAUUCUUCUCCUGAAUUUAACAAUUUUGCAGCUAUUUUGGAACAGAUUCUAAGUCACCGGCUAAAAGGUCAAGUAACCUGGUUUGGUUAUGAAAGUCCUCGAAGCUUCUGGGACUAUAUCAGAGUGGCUUGCCGGAAAGUUUCACAGAAUUGUAUCUGCAGCAUUGAAAAUACGGAAAAUGUCAGUUCCUCUAGAGCUAAGUGUAGAGCCUGGAUCAGAGUAGCACUCAUGGAAAAACAUUUAUCUGAAUACAUCUCUACAGCUCUGAGAGACUUCAAAACAACCAGGAGAUUUUAUGAAGAUGGAGCAAUUGUCUUGGGUGAGGAAGCAAAUAUGCUUGCUGGCAUGCUGCUUGGGCUCAAUGCUAUUGAUUUCAGUUGCUGCCUAAAGGGAGAAGGAUUGGAUGGCAACUUUCCUGCUGUAAUAGACUAUACGCCAUAUUUAAAGUUUACCCAAAGCUCUGACAGUAUCAGCAGUGACGAGGAGGAGCUGAGGACGCUGGGAAGCAGUGGCAGUGAGAGCAGCACUCCAGAGACUGUGGGGCCUCCCUUCGUCAUGGGGGAGAACAGCUGGUUCAACAAGUGUAAGAGAGUUAAACAGAAGUAUCAGCUAACCCUGGAACAGAAGGGUUAUCUUGAAGAACUCUUACGACUUCGAGAGAACCAGCUGUCUGAAUCUGUCUCCCAGAAUAAAAUACUGCUACAGAGGAUUGAAGAUUCUGAUCUGGCCCAUAAAUUGGAAAAGGAACAAUUACAAUAUAUAAUUAUGGAGCUUCAAGAUCAGCUGUAA